UAUUUAUUGCUUUUGGGUCUUUGGGAGAGUUCAAUUUGUUUUUCAUUGUUACUCACAAAUUUUGAUGGCCAAUUCUCUCUUUAGAUUGUUCACUUUAUUCUUCUUUGUUCUCAUUUCCAUCUUCCUCCUUCAUCCCAAUGUUGUUCUCUGUGAUGUGAAAGAUGAUAACAUUCUAAAUGCCAUUAACGAAUAUAGGGAAUCAAAGAAUCUAUCAAGGCUUUCUUAUAACAGAAAUGCAGCAUGUUUGGCUGGUAAACUCGUUUAUAAGCUAAGAGAUGAGCCUUGUUCAAGUGCUGAAAAUUUCAACAAAGAAAUUAGCUCAGAAACUAAGCUUGCAGAUUUCCCUAAGCUCUUACGAAAAUGUCACAUAGCCUACAACUCCUCCGUUGACGGCAUCAUUCUCCCCUCUUGCGUCCGUGGACUCGAUGCUAUAUCUGUCACCAGUAACUACACCCGUUCCCACGACGGCGAGUAUAUCAACGAUCAGAACUAUACUGGUGCUGGGGUUGGGACGAUUGACGAUGCUUGGGUUGUUCUCAUUCUUAGCACCAACACCUCAACUGGGAACUAUGACAACAGUGGAUCAUCGUCUUUGGUUGUUGCUGGAGGUGGUCAUAUUGGUGUGAUGGUUGCAUUGUUAGGGAUGUUUGUUUCAUCUUUGUUAUUUUGAUUUUCUUUUCUUGGGUUGAGUCUUGAUCUCAAGCUUGUAAAAGGUCUUUGGUUUUGGGUUUUAUGCAUUGUAUUUGUCAUGAACUGUUGAUAUAUUUGUUGUCUUUUUACUGAUUCUCCUGAGUUAAUCAGUACAGUUUAUAUAUAUAAUCAAAAUUUGGGCAAUUUACUCCUUAGCAA